AUGUCCAACUCACAAUUUGACAAGAAUAUGGACUGCGAGGACAAGAUGCUCGAGGAUAAUCUCAUGGAGAUGGGCACUAAGCUGUGCUCCCUGCUGGAAUCCAAUGAGAACUCGCCGGAGUCAGAGCCGGAGCCGCAGCCGCAGCCCAGCCCUCGGGCAGCACAACUCACCUCGUGCUGGCCGACCAAGCGCACCCGCGACCACGAGGAGGCUAUCCCGAGUGGGCGCCAUCAAAAGAAGUCCAGGUCGGGUGCCGGCAUGCAGCAGCAGUUGCAAAGGCAGAAUCAAUUCAACUGGAACCAGCUGGCGCCGAUGCUGCGUUCGAUUGGUCUGCGUGGCGAUUGCGUGGAGCGCAAUGUCGUUGUGCGUUUGAUGAAUCUCUUCAAGUCGCUGCAUGACCACAUGAACCAAGAUCUGGGCGUUGGGCCGGAAAACUCCCUGCCAUCGGACUAUGUGUUCGAUCUGCCCAAGAAGAUCACCAUGCCUUGCAGCCUUGAUCUGCGCCACCAGGUGCAUGUGCUGUGCACCAAGGCGGAUCGCUUUCUGGCCCACCAGCGCCGCGUGCUGGAGGCGAAUCGCCACUUUGACUACCGCAAGUACACGGAGUGCGACAAGCUGCUCAAGGGAUCGUCGACUUACUUAAAAUCCUUUAAGCACUUCACCAGAUCCCCGAUACGCCAUCGCGAUGGCAUCUUUUCGGGCUCAGCAGCCAGGUCCAAUGCCCUGAAGCUGGAGGACAUGCUCACAAAUCUGCGCGAGUGGCUGCGCGCCGCCUAUCUCUGUGUGUAUGUUUUCAACUGGGAAAUGGACCAUGAGCAUCGCUACUCGGCCGCCAUGACCAAGGACCACAAUGCACUCAUGGACAGGGCCAAGCAGCAGGCAGCCAGCGAGCUGAAGGCGGCACAGCCCAAGGAGCUCAGCGCGGAGGAAAAGCUCAUCGCGCAACGCUUCAAGCUGCAAAAUGUCAUCGAAUGUGCCGCAGAGAACGACGACUUCCUGUCCACACUGCUGAACAAUCCGGACGCCUACUUUCCAGCCGAAGCUCGGGACAUGUGUGCGCAACAGGAGGCAGCUGCUGGCCCAGCGGCUGAAGCUGAAGCUGAAGCAGCACCCGUGGGCGGCUUUGAUUUGCUGGACAUUAGCGACUUGUUGGAGCCAUCGUCGCCUCCAAAGCGUGCCACCACCACGCGUCGCUUCAAGCCGCUGUGCUUCCGCAGCUAAACAAAAGAAGAGAAAAG